AUGGCAGGACAAAAUGUUUACAGACACAGACACUGCGACACACUGCCGGGAGAGCACAGCCUGAGAGUCAAGCUGGCGGCAGAUGAGACAAAAGGCCUGGAGGAGGGAGAGGCCGACGCGGAGCAGACCUCAGGAGGAUCGGACAGCCCGGCGGGCAGAGAGUCCCCCGAGCCGCGCAGCGGGAUGGUGCGGAUUGAACUGGAGUGGGAGAUCCCCAUGUCAGUGACGCUGCCCAUUCAGGUGCAGCCUGACCUCACGCAUCAACCCUUCCCCUUCCUGGACACGACACUGGCUGACCUGGGCAUCCAAGAGUCAGAGGUGAAGGAGAGGGUAGUGUGGGUCGACACCAAGAAGACACAAGUGAAGAACAAAGCAGGGAAGCUGAAGGAGAAAGAGAUCACCAUCCUGGAGGUGCGAGUGAAAGCUCAGAAGCCUGGAGAAAAACAGCUCCAGGAAGUCCUGUACAGCACCGAGGCCCACACGGACCGUUCCUUCUGCCGCACUGGGAUGAACAUCCUGCCCUGGAAACAGAGAUGUACAGGUCUGGAUGCACUUUAA